CGUCAACCUCCACGCUGGCCAAUUCCUCUUUUUCGUUUCCCCAUCCCACUUGUCAUGUUCGCAGCUGUCUCGCGCUAGCCAUGAUGCUGCUCAUACUCAAGUCGGUUCUCACCCUGCUUGCUCUCCUCGCGACCUGUGUGCUGCUCCCCCAGCUGCCCCUGGGUGUUCUCCGCCUGGUGCUCCGCGGUGUUGGCUGGGUCGUCCAGAGGCGCACCCGCUCUCGUCGCGAGUAUAUCAUCUCGCGCGUCCGCGCCGACGAGGACGAAUACGCAGCCCGCACCAAGUCCGCCUCUGCAACAAACUCCGGUGACGAUGAGGACUGGGAGAAGGUCGACACCUCCAGCUCCAGCUCCGGAACAGCUGGCAACAACGGGAACGAGGAGUGGGAUGGCAUCAUCGGCUUCUUUCAUCCGUUCUGCAACGCAGGCGGUGGUGGAGAACGAGUUCUCUGGGAGGCCGUGAGAGCAACCCAGAAACGCUGGCCCAAGGCCAUCUGCGCCAUCUACACGGGCGACCAUGAGGUCAACAAAGCAGCCAUGCUGGACAGAGUCCAAAACCGCUUCAACAUCCACCUCCAUGCUCCCACCGUCGUGCUCCUCUACCUCACCACCCGCAAGUACGUCGUCAGCAGCAUGUACCCCUACAUGACGCUUCUCGGCCAGUCCCUAGGCUCCCUCAUCGUCGCCUAUGACGCCUUUAACCUACUCGUCCCGGAUAUUUUCGUCGACACGAUGGGCUACGCCUUCACCCUCGCCUUCAGCAAGCUCCUCUUCCCCUCCGUCCCGACCGCCGCUUACGUACACUACCCGACCAUCUCCACCGACAUGCUCCAGUCCCUGGACGACCAGACUGGCCUACAAGGCGUCAACUCCGGCGCCGGCAAGGGCAUCAAGGGCCAGGUCAAGCGCAAAUACUGGAUCGCGUUCGCCAAGCUCUACGGCUGGGUCGGCGGUCACGUCGACGUCGUCAUGUGCAACUCGUCCUGGACAUCGGCGCACAUCCGCGCCAUCUGGGGUCCCGCCCGACAGACCAACACCCACAAGGACCCAACUGUCAUCUUCCCGCCCACGGCCGUCUCCGAACUCGAGUCCACCAUCACCGUGAACCCCGAGACCGAGAACACCCGCCAACCGCUCAUCCUGUACAUCGCCCAGUUCCGCCCGGAAAAGAACCACCCCCUAGUGCUCCGCUCGUUUGCGCGCUUCCUCCAGGAGCGCCGCAAGCGCCUGGGCGAAGCCGCCGACCCCGACUCGGAACCCAAGCUCGUCCUCAUCGGCUCCGUCCGCCACGCCAGCCCCGACGAGACCCACAUCUACAACCUCCGACUCCUGGCCCACGAGCUCCGCAUCCGCGAUCACACCACCUUCCUCUGCGACGCCAGCUGGCCCACCGUUCUCGACCAUCUCGCCACCGCCUCCAUCGGCGUCAACGCCAUGUGGAACGAGCACUUCGGCAUCUGCGUCGUCGAAUACCAAGCCGCCGGUCUCAUCAGCGUCGUCCAUGACUCCGGCGGUCCCCGCGAAGACAUCGUCAUCGACCUCGGCGACGGCGCCACAGGCUUCCGCGCUACCACGGAGGAAGAGUUCGCCGCGGCCUUCGAAGCCGCUCUCGCCCUCCCGGCAGAAGAGAAGGUCUCGAUGCGUCUACGAGCCCGUAAGUCCGCCUUGAGAUUCACCGAGGAAGAGUUCUCCCUGAAGUGGAUUGGAGAGAUCGGGAAGUUGGUUCGUUAGGAUACCUUCCCCCCUUUCUCCUUCAUUUUCCUUCUCUUCGCUCUUUUACUCUCGUCGACGUUGUGUCUCUACUACGGUUGGUAUAUUCAUCGGAAAUCAAAGAAUCAAAUAUACUCUACUUCUACUUUCCC